GAACGUCACUUCGUUCCCGGGAGGUAGCACCCAGCCCAUUACCCAGCAAAUAACCCAGAUUCCUACCCCCAUCAUCACCAUUCCGCAACCUAUCCCAUUCACUUCCCCCAAAAACCCUGUUCCCGUUUUUCCUUCAAACUUUCCGGGACCCCUGGAUCCAAUGUACAGCCAAGCCCUUCAGAACUUUGGACAUUUCAUGUCCAUGUUCCAGCAACCGGGAGGGUUUUCACAUUUCAAUCCGGGAUUGUUUUCGCAAUCCACGCCUCAAACUAAUGUCAUUCGCCCGAUCGUCCCGACAAACCUGAUCGGGGAGAUGGAUAAAGCGGGCCCGUCCCGGUCUAGGAGAAGUCGGUCUCGUAGGUCACAAACAAAAGUGACCUCGGACGGAAACGUGCGCUCAGUCCACAGCAAGGACGAGGAUUGGGACGCUCCCCAAGCGUUCAAAAAAUUGAAGGGAAAGGAUGUUCAACCAGAAGGAUCUAGGAGGUCGGCCUUUCAAAGGCUGGGGCACGAUGGCCGAAAUCAAAACCGGUCAGCAAAAGAACGGUUGGGAGUGGAAACCAUCCCAGCUAGUGCCUUUAACCGUACGGGGAGAGGAGCCGGACGACCUGGUCAGACCAGGCGGACGGAACCACCCCCACGCGAUGAGCCCCAGCACAGCCGGACGCCACGAGAAGAAGAAGCCGAAAGCCACCCCAGGCACCCGACCCGUUCUCAUAUUGAGCAACCUCGGGAUCGUGUGGGCCGGGUCGAGGCACGUCUUGAGAAACUACAACGCCGGGUAGACCGGGAAGAAAAGAAGAAGAUCCUGCUGAACGAAUCUCCGUUCACAGACCGAGUUCACGAGACCCCGUUUCCAAAGAAGGCAAAACUUGAAGUCCCGAAGUUCACCGGGAAGGAGGACCCGGAAAUCCACAUCAAAACCCUCCAUCAAAGUGGACGGAUGAUGGGUCUUUCCGGGGAUGAGAAAUGUCUGCUUUUCUUUCAAACCCUCCGCGGCCGCGCCGCCGAGUGGUUUCAUAACUUACCGGCCGGCGAAAUUGAUUCGUUCGAUGAGCUGGCUGAGGUGUUUCAAGAAAAGUUUAAGGAAAACUGUACUAAGAGGAAAAAGUUCACCUACUUGAGUACAGCCAGGCAGCGAGAACACGAGGAUCUGACCAAAUUCCUUACCCGUUGGAAGGAUGAGGUUGACAAGGUGGAGGAGAUGGACGACAAAACGGCCAUGUCCCUCCUUGUGUCCAGGCUCCGGUCCGGAGAACUUUACAAGGAAUUCUGCAGGAGGCCUCCCCAGUCCUACCAAGAGGCCUACAACACAGCCUGGGAUUAUGCUGACGCCGAAGCACAGGUAUCGUGCAAAAGGGAGGCCGAGCAGGGACAUUCAAAGGGGAAAAUUUCCUUGAAAAAGGAAAUUGAUCUUCCCGGUAGGGUAAAGGCGGAAGUCAUGGAAGUAAAGCCGGUCAAAACAGAGAAGAAACCAACCGGCGAGAAACAGUGGACGGAGAAGUAUUGCUCCUUUCACAAAACUGACUCCCAUAACACUGCAGAGUGCAACAGCGUGAAGGGAGUAAUAAAGCAGAUGAUUGAGGCCGGAGAGAUUGACCCUGAGUACCUAGCUCAGGCCAAACAAAAGAAGAACCAAUGGGUCAGACCUGAAGGACAACCGGCUGAGCAGUGCAAGAAGAAAAAGGCAGCCGGCAAGGAGCAUCUACAGGUUAUCUAUGGUGGACCGGAAGGGGGAGAUUCUGCUUCCCAAAGGAAGAAAUGGGGAAGAGAACUUUAUGUGGGGACGGUAGCCCUUAACCCCCGGUCAAAACAAGCAAGACGGGAACCGAUCACUUUCACUGACCGGGACCUUCCCGCCACCGGAGAGGAUCACAAUGACCCCCUGGUGAUUACUAUGGACAUGGGUGGAGUCGAUGUAUCCCGGGUACUUGUUGACACGGGCAGCAGUGUUAACAUUUUGUACCUGGAUGCGUUUGAGAAGCUCAAGUUGUGUCGAACACGACUUGAGCCUUUAAAGACUCCCCUGUCUGGGUUUACCGGGGACUCGGUCGAAGCUGAAGGAUCGAUCCUUCUAACUUGUGAACUGGGCACGGGCGAUCAGGUCGUCCAGAAGCAGAUGAGGUUUGUGGGUGUGAACAUCAAAUGUGUUCACAGUGCUAUCUUAGGCCGGCCCGGGAUAAACAAGGUCCGUGGGGUCAUCUCCAUGGCCCACCUCUGUAUGAAGUUCUAUACCCCGGGCGGUAUAGGACAAGUCAGGGGAGAUCAAAAGAAGGCCUGGCAUUGCUAUCUGGAGGCCGUAAAGAAAAUGUCAAAGGCCUUUGAGAGAGUCACUUUGGUCUCUCAAGAAGAAGACCGGUCAAAAUUGGAACCGGGUGAUGAGACCGAGCAGAUCGUUCUCCGGGAAGCAUUCCCGGAAAGAAUGGUGAAGAUUGGCAGAGAUCUGCCCGGAGGACUUCGAGAUGAAAUUGUCUCGGUCCUUCGGGAAUAUGUAGACAUUUUCGCUUGGAGUGUGGCGGACAUGCCGGGCAUUGAUCGCUCUGUUAUAUGCCAUCGUUUGGCUGUAAUGGAGGGGAGCCGGCCAAGGUACGAGCUCAUGGAGUAUUUGGAGACCGGUCAGAAGCCUAAGGAUGAGGAACGAGCCAGGAAGGUAGUCCUACGGGCUCCACGUUUCCAGGUGAUCGACGGCCACUUAUACAAACGAGCAAUUGGCGGACCACUCUUGCGUUGCCUCACCAAUCCGGAGGCUGAGCGGGUAAUCGCCGAGGUACAUGAGGGAGUCUGUGCAGCCCAUCAAAUGUCCCGCACUUUGGCUCAAAGGAUAAUCCUUCUAGGCUACUACUGGCCGACCAUUGUUGGGGAUUGUGAGAGAGUGACUUCAAGAAGAGCAACUGGAGAGACUCCUUUUGUGCUAACCUACGGAUGCGAAGCUCGGUUACCGGUAGAGGCAGAAAUUCCAACAUUCAGAGAAACCGUCUAUCAGCCCGGUCUGAAUGAGACUGAACACCUAGCUGAGCUAAAUCUGGUAGAAGAACGAAGGACCAUAGCAGCUGUCAAGAUGGCCGGCUACCAGCAGUCAGUGAAUCGGUAUCAUGAUAACCGGGUAGGGCCGCGGUACUUCCAAGUAAAUGAUGAAGUUUUGCGUAGAAGGGAUGCUAGUAAGCCUAAUGAGAGGGGCAAACUGGUACGAAACUGGGAAGGGCCUUAUCGCAUAAAAGCAGUUGUCAGACCGGGCACUUACCAGUUGGAAACAAUGGAAGGUGGCCGGGUCGAGCGACAUUGGAACUCUCACCACUUACGUAAAUUUUAUAGAUAAAGUGUAAUGAGUUCCCAGCCAUUAAUAAAAGUUCGUUCUUUUC